AUUCAACUAUUAACUAUUAAACUAUCAAACUAUUAAACUAUACAAAUGCUGAAUGUUGUGAUAUGAGGUGACUCCAUCCCCGCUCUCUUCUGUCUCUGCCAUUUCUCUCUCUUCUCCUCUUCUCUCUGUAACCUUGUCUCUCUCUCACUUGUCCUCUUUCUCCCUCUCUCUUCUUUUCUCCUGACCUGUCUCUCUUUCUUACUUAAGUCAACAUUCUCUUCCUUCCAGCCUCAUGUUCUCCCCGUAUUCGGAAGAAUUCGAGGUCCCCGAAUCGACGCUUCGACCAUGCGAUUUUGACCUGUGAGCCCAACCUCCCUUGACUCUCUUCCUCUCCCCCCCCUAUACACUCCGAUCGGGGUCUGGAACUUCCCUAUGUCGCGAGAUAUACCUUUCCUCUGUCGUUGUCACCCUUUGUCAGUCUGGUUCUGCCUGGGGUGCGCCUGUGUCAUCGUCUUUGGUGUAACGCUUUCCGACCAAGGCGCGCCAAGUACCAGAUCCUGCUAACCCCCCUACGCGGCCUUUUUGUAUGUACAGAUGAAUCGACACAGUGUGAUUGAAAACUGCAUGUGUCUUUCACCAUGUCUUCUCCCCCGACCUCAAAGCGUAUCAAGACCUCGGCCACCACCAGCGCUCCGCCUCACAUGCUCGCUCAACAACAAAUCCAUCCUUUUCAUCGUGUGCCGACCUUCGAAGGCAUUCCCAUCCCUACUGCGCCGAUACCUACUCAACAACCGCACGGGACGUCGCGCAAGCGCCCACCUUCUCCUGCGACAGGAUCGUCCAUGAUGGCUGCCCCCGUGAAUCCGGCGGGCGGCGCGAUCGAGGGUGACCCGAACGCUUUUCCGCAAGUCGAGUCCACGCCCAAGAAAAAGGGGCGGACGAAUACUCCAUGGACUGCCGAGGAGGAGCAACGGCUUAAGACUAUGCGCGACGCAGGCCGAAGCUGGUCCGAAAUCGCAAAGACUUUCCCAACCCGUACCGAGGGAAGCGUCAAGAAACACUGGUACAAGGACAUGCACUACGCCGAAUUCGCCGAAGAUGAGUCUAUGAAACUUCGGGAAGCCAUCAAGGAGUAUGAGGCAAACAAGUGGAAGGUAAUCGGUCAGAAAGUCGGCAAGCCAGCCAAAGCCUGCGAACAAUAUGCCAAAGAGCAUUUCAAGAACGUCUGA